GCCGCCGCUGUCCCAGCAUGGCCCCGCCGCUCCAGCCUCUCAUCGCGCUCCUGCUGCUCUGCGGCUGCCUCUGCCCGCCCGCCCGCGCCGGGCUCCACUUCAGGGAGGGGCAGCACUGCUACCGCCCGGCCCCGCGCAGGGCGCCCGGCCUCAGGACCUACCCCCGCCCGCACGAGUACCUGGACGUGUCGGCGCUGCCGCGGAGCUGGGACUGGCGGAACGUGAACGGGGUGAACUACGCCAGCACCACUCGGAACCAGCACAUCCCCCAGUACUGCGGCUCCUGCUGGGCCCACGGCAGCACCAGCGCCUUGGCAGACCGAAUCAACAUCAAGAGGAAAGGGGCCUGGCCGUCUGCCUACCUGUCUGUGCAGAAUGUCAUCGACUGUGCUGAUGCUGGCUCCUGCGAGGGCGGGGACCACUCGGGGGUCUGGAGGUACGCGCACGACCACGGCAUCCCCGACGAGACCUGCAACAACUACCAGGCCAAGGACCAAAAAUGUAAGAAGUUCAACCAGUGUGGAACUUGUGUCACUUUUGGAGAAUGCCAUGUGAUCAAGAACUACACUCUCUGGAAAGUUGCUGACUAUGGGUCUGUCAGUGGAAGAGAAAAAAUGAUGGCAGAAAUCUACACUAAUGGACCAAUUAGCUGUGGCAUCAUGGCUACAGAAAAGCUGGAUGCCUACACAGGGGGGCUGUACACAGAGUACAACCCCUCACCCACAGUGAAUCACAUCGUGUCUGUGGCUGGCUGGGGCGUGGAGAACGGGACAGAAUAUUGGAUAGUUCGGAACUCCUGGGGUGAGCCCUGGGGUGAAAGAGGCUGGCUGAGGAUUGUGACCAGUGCCUACAAGGGUGGAAGAGGAGCAGACUACAAUCUGGCUAUUGAAGAGGACUGUGCAUAUGGGGAUCCCAUACUGCCUUGAUGCUACAUGGUACAGCUUUGUGUUUGGGUACUUUGGAAGCUUCCCAGCACAACCUCCUCUUGUUUAAAGAAUAAUAGCCC